AUGCUUGUCCACUUCGUCUUGCUAUUGACAGCUGUUUUAGCUUUUCCACUUAACGUGACUUCUUUUGGUUCCGGCUCUCACGGCAUCACUUCCAACUAUGACUUUGAAGAGCUUCACAAGUAUGCACAUCUCUCAGCAGUGGCCUAUUGCCUUCAGAAGGGGCUUCACACUGGAACGUUGGGUGAUCAAGAAGAUGCUUGUCCCUCACAUUCAUGCACGUAUCCCAGUGUAAGGAACAUGAAGGUUUACAAGGUGUUCAACUUCACCGAUUGGUUGGUUGUCGGUUCUGGGUUCAUUGCAAUCGAACGGGAAACCACGCGAAUUUAUGUUGUGUUUCGUGGAACCUCGUCGACCCAGGAUUGGAUCAGUAACUUUGAGUUCUUACAUUCUCGUUACCAACCUUUGGUACACAUGCGUGGUGACUUUGACUUGGAGUGUGAGGAAAUUUGUGAAGAUUGCACGAUACACAAAGGGUUCAACACUUUUAUCAAGACCAACGGCGAGGAUAUCGUGCGCGAGGUUGUCAAAUUGAAGAAGAAACUUCCUGACUACUCGAUUGUGGUCACUGGCCAUUCACUUGGUGCUGCUCUCGCAACCCUCUCCGGCGUAGAGUUCAAGCUUUUAGGCUUCGAGACAUUGGUUGUCACCUUAGGUGGGCCCAAGGUGGGUAACUCGCAAUUUGUCGACUUUGUCGAUAACCUUUUUGACACUGACUAUGUUGAAAAGCAUAUCAAUAAGUACCAUUCCUUCGACACCCUUUCAAGCGGUCUCAUUAGAGCAACACAUAAGCAUGAUCUUAUUCCGAUGCUUCCACCGACCUCUCGCUAUAAGCAGUGUGGAUAUCAAUACUAUCUUGGUGCAAAGGGCCCUCAGCAGUCCCCAGAGACUGUGAUCAGAAGAGGCACAGACUAUGUGGAAGAUGAUCAACUACUAGACUACCAGUCAAUGUGA